AACAUUAUUGGAAGAACAUGGCAAGAAAUGAAAAGUUAGGCCAUUACUGGACAAAACAGGAGAAACUGAAGAAACUUUCCCAGAUAUGGCACAAUGGGUUAGUUGUCAAUCCCAAUCAGUGUACUGAUAGGGAUGUAACUUCUACACACACUCACUACGUUUGCUUUAUCAAAUGCUGUCCACUGAUAACGCUUGAUGUGGACUUUCAGAGUUCAAAGUUACACUUCCGGUAAGCUACGGAAGUCCCAAUUACUAUGAACUGUCUGCGCUGAGUCAUGUGUAUGAUUACAGUCGCUGUUAUGUAGAAUAUAUUUCCAAUUCUAAAUGUUUACUCGUCUUAUCCGAGGCUCCACACAUCAUCACAAAUAAAACAAAGCAGACGGCUUUUAAUCUAUUGAAGCCAUACUUUUUGCUGGAGCAUCAACUUUAGUAAUCACAGCAAUAUCAGCUCGCCUCGUACUAAAAAAGAAAGCGCCUCGGGAUCCACUCUUCUAUGUUUUUGCAGCCUACGCCUUUUUGAGCGUUGUGAACCUUAUCAUAGGUCUUGAGCAGGAUGGCAUCAUAGAUGGAUUCAUGACCUUUUACUUGAAACAGGCAGACCCCUACAUUAACACUGCUCAUGGACACAUGAUUUCCUACUGGGAUGGAUGUGUACACUACCUCAUGUACUUGCUGAUGGUGGCGGCGAUCACCUGGGGGGAGAGUUAUAGGGCUAUUGGCUUAUACUGGGAGGGAUCCUUCUUAAUGCGGGUCAUAGUGUACAUUCCUGGCAAUAUUGUGGGAAAGUAUGGAGCUCAGCUGAGCCCCUUGUUCCUCAUCCACAUGCUGUAUGUGCUGGUGUCCAUAUGGGCCUGCUUCAGGGUCCACAGUCAGCCCGCAGUGCGAGGGGCUCUGCCGGAGGAUAUUGAGGACACCCAGAAGAAGAGUCUGUUGCAGAGACCUGUAGAUUUACUCUUUGCCGUAUAUCUACUGUUUGCAGCUUCCUUCUGCUUAUUCAGAGGUCUGGUGGCGCUGGAUUGUCCCACAGAAUGUUGUCAAGCCUACACUCAGUACUAUGAACCUUACUUAAAGGACCCCUCUGCCUACCCUAGAAUCCAAAUGAUAGUGAACAUGCUGUACUUCGUGCCAUACUAUGUCAUAACUCUGUAUGGUUUGGUGGUUCCUGGCUGUGAGUGGAUCCCUGACCUCACACUCAUUCAUGCGGGUGCAGUGGCACAGGCACAAUUUUCCCACAUUGGUGCCUCACUCCAUACGCGGACGCCCUUCUCCUGCAGAGUGCCGGCAGACACUCAGCUGCUUUUCCUCGCUGUCAACAUGCUCUAUGGCCUCGUGCCACAGGUACUCAGCUACCAUCUCCUCAGCAACCGAGCCUUCUUCCUCAAGCUGCUGCCGCACAAGACUGAAUGAGCUUGUCAGUGUCUAUUCGAUAAACAUGCUAAAUGUCAUGGCAAUUUGAUUUCACUUUACUUUGACUGCUGUAUACGUUUCUGUGAAAGUUUAUCUGCACCUGUUCUGUUGGAGUAUUAAGUAUUCUGUUAAAUUGAGGUUUAUAUAUUUUUUUUUUUGCCAAUUGUGUGGAUGACUCGGGAUGUGUAACCGUUUGGAUGGAAGGUUCAAGGACUCCCUAUUCAUAUGGUGUCACCAUGAAAACCUUUGUGUCACCAAUCAUCCAUUUCCAUUGUGUCUGAUUGUACAACAUUCCUGUGCAGUGCAAAUACUUGUGUGCCUUUGUCCUUCUUCUCUUGGUAUUUUGAAAAGUCUGUGCCUCUAUACUGGACAUCUUUAUUUCCAGGAUAAGCUUUAUCUACCAUGCCUUUUGUGAUAUUAGUUCACAUCUACACAUGACAUUUUACUGGUAGUAGUGGAGACACACAUUAUUGAUUUGUAUUUCUUGGUAUUUUAUUUACAAAA